AAACGCUCCGUUUUACACGGCCAGCCCAUACUGACGUUUACGAUAAUGUCAAAUCACUGUAAUCAAAUUUUCUAACUCCAACCCUCACCUUCUUUCUCUCAGCUGAAAUCAGUUUGAUCAAACAUGGCCACCGUAACGACUCUAACAAAAUCUCUGGCUCAGCAUUGUAUGAAAAAAUCCAAAGCCUGUUGGCAUAAACCUUCUCAGCCACUGGUAAACUUGUUAAUCUCAGAAGAAAAUUUAAACCAAUUUCAUCAGUACCAGAGCCGUAGAACUCUCAUUUUAGAAUCCGCUUCCUCUGAGUUGGUCAAGCUUCAGCGACUCUCCGACUCUGAUUCUGGAAUAAUUGAGGUUAGUUUAAAUAGGCCUGGAGCUAGAAAUGCAAUUGGAACGGAGCUAUUGAGAGGCCUAAAGCAUAAAUUUGAAACUAUUAGUGAGGAUUCUUCUGCCAAAGUUGUAAUGAUUUCCAGUUCGGUUCCUAAAGUGUUCUGUGCUGGUGCUGAUUUGAAGGAACGCAGGGCUAUGAGUGCAUCUGAGAUUCAUUUUUUUGUCAACUCACUGCGAUCCACAUUCUCGUUCUUAGAGGCACUUCCUGUUCCUACCAUUGCUGUCAUUGAAGGAGCAGCAUUGGGUGGUGGCCUUGAAAUGGCACUAGCAUGUGAUCUUCGUGUCUGUGGAGAAGAUGCAGUAUUGGGCUUGCCAGAAACAGGACUUGCUAUAAUUCCUGGAGCAGGUGGGACACAGCGGCUGCCUAGAUUGGUUGGAAGGUCAGUAGCAAAAGAUCUUAUAUUUACUGGUCGUAAAGUUGGUGGCAGAGAUGCAAUGUCUAUUGGUCUUGUGAAUUUCUGUGUUCCUGCCGGUCAAGCUCAGUUGAAGGCACUUGAAAUUGCCCGGGAAAUCAAUCAGAAGGGUCCAAUAGCAAUUAGGAUGGCGAAAAGGGCUAUUAGUGAGGGACCUGAGAUUGACAUGGCAUCAGCUUUGCAACUGGAAGAAGAGUGCUACCUAGAGACCUUAGAUACGAAGGAUCGGUUGGAGGGAUUGGCUGCAUUCGCUGAGAAACGGAAACCUAGGUAUACUGGCAUAUAGAAAGAGUGUUUCUAAUAAGUAAUACCCCAGUUCCGAAUUAGUUUUGUUGGGCAUGUCAAUGAUUGCUCCUGUUAAUAAUUUGUACCCAGAAUCAGGACGCCUUUUAGACAGGCUUCAGAAGUAAAAAUGAUAAUAAUAA